GAGAGAUUCUAAGGAGAGGAACAGUUGGUGAGGAAGGAGAGGUUUCCUGUUGACCACCAGGUUUUACAUAGGAGAGGAGAGAAAAAGCAGGGCUUCAGAGCUGUGGCAGCAGAAGCAGGGACACAAAUGGUCCAGACCGGAUCCACUCCUCCAGCCACUGCAGUAAAAACCUGCCCUUUUAGUCACCACUCAACACAUGUUACCAGAGAUUUGAUGCUUCAAUUUGAGUGACUGGGAUUUGGCCACAAAACUGUCUCUGAAGGAAGGAAAGCAAAGAUCUGUGAGUCUGACCAUCAACUGUUUUAUUUCCCAUGAGAGUUGGCAGGUGCUGUCAGGAGUCCUCCUGGUCUUGGAUUCUGUGGUCCCUUGGGAUUCUGAAGAGAUGGCUGCAGCAGCAGUGGCUGGACUGAUCCCUGUGCUACACUCAGUGGCUGGUGACAAAUCCCGCUACUAUAUUGGGCGACAGCUGUGGUUUGGGUUCAUCGCUGUGUAUGGAGUGGUGGUGUAUGUGGUCCGCAUGCCCUGGGUUCCCAUCCAUGAAGAUUUCUGGUGCCAUGGCAACAUUACCAAUACUUGUUUGAUUGAGUGUUUUGAAAAAAGUUUUAACAGUCCUGUAGUGGGAAUUUGGUACUUUUUUUUCUUUAUUUUCUUGGCCCUCUUCUUCCUCAUGGAAUUCUUCAUGGCUCAGAUUCGGCACAAGCAAAUCAAAGCCAAGUCAGUGGAGUCAGCGGCAGGUGAAAUGGAGGAGGGCUCCAUGGUGGGAAUCCAGGAGCAUGCCCCUUCCCCGAAGAAGUCCAUCCUGAACUUCCACCAGGAGAAGAUGCUUUUGCUUUUGUAUCUCCUUUACUUCCUCCUGCAGGUUGGUGCACAGUGUGUGUUUUUAUUUUUUCUCAUGUACCAACACCUGCCCCUGGUGAGCCAAGCCAUCAUUCACUGCAGCACCAAGAGCUGUCCAGGACCCUAUUUCUGCCUGAUCAGGGGGACCAUGGAGAAGCGAAUGUCCAUCUACACCCUCAUCACCUUAUCCUUCAUGAUCAUCCUCUUCUGUUCAGGUUUCUUCAUGUACAGCAUCCACCAUUACCUGCUAAAAGGGCUUGCCAGUGCUAAGUUUUGGCUUGACUAAUGUUUGAAGUUCUUAUUGAGAGUCUUUCCUCCCUUACACUAGGAAGUUUGUGUUCCUUUAAAUAUUGUGUCUGGGGCAGGGCUUCUUCCUGCUGUUUCUUUGCUUUAGUCCUUCAUAAAAUAAACAUUUAUUGUUCUUGUGUCCUCUCUCUACAGCCAGGCUCAGGUUGUCUAACUGUGUGUGUGUGGGGGGGGUGGGUGGUACACACUUGAUAACAUUUCAGAGUUUUCUCAAAUGUGUUAUCUAAUUUGGUCCUCCCCAGAAGCCUGUGGCCUUGAGCUUGCUACUUCAUCCUUCCAGUAUUUUCAAAUCAGGAAGAGCUUUCAUAGUCUUAGAACUAAGAGCAUUAAAGAUUCAGAGGAGAUUGGCUGACUUGUGCUCUGGCCUCCCCAAUUUGGGUUGUAAAUAAAGGGAAGGUAAUUCUUCUCUACAGGAAAAUUCUCAGCUGGACUGUCAGAGCAAGUUACUCAAGCUCCUAGGUGUGGGCGCAGUCUUGCCACCUCACUUGAGUCUCCAAUGAG